AUGUCUGAUUUAUCAUCACAGUUAUCAGCAUUCAAAAAUAAGAUCAAGACGGGACCAUCCGUCUCUAUGCCUCGUAGGCCUAUCAGUUCUCCUUUGAAAAGAAAUUAUGAAGAAUUCAAAAAGAGUGAUACUCCUAAAGAGAAGAUAACUGUUAAUGAUGCUAUCAAGAUUCAUAAAGAGAAUUUAUCAAAACUUCCUGGAUCCCAUUUAGCAACCCAGUUACAUUUGGCUGUAGAAUUCAUCAAGAAUCAAGCUAAACCCGUUUCUAUCAGUGAUUUGUCAACUUAUUUAUCAUCUUCUGAGAUUACAAAUACUUUGAUCCCCUUAUUACAAGAAAUCGACAGAAUCAAAUAUUCACCUGAUAAGAAGACCUUUGAAUAUGCCUCCUUGCAUGAUAUCAAGUCUAAUGAAUCAUUGAUCAGUUUCUUAAAAAAUCAAAAAACUUUCAAAGGUAUUAGUGUCAAAGAAUUAAAAGACGGUUGGCCCCAAUACUUAAAAGCUAUAAACGAAUUAGAACAGGAAAAUAAAAUCUUGGUAUUAAGAACCAAAAAGGAAAAUACCCCAAGAUUAUUGUGGUUCAAUUUUGGUGGUAACUUGAAUUUAAUAGAUGACGAAUUUUCGUCAAUGUGGUCCACAAUAAAAAUUCCAAACCAAGAAGAUUUAUAUAAGUCAUUAAUCGACCAAGGUUUAAAACCAACAGGUGCUGAUCCAAACAUCAUUAAAAGAAGACCAAAAGGUGAGGAGAAAAAACAGAAGAAAACCAGAAGAGGUAAGAUUACAAACACACAUAUGAAGGGUAUUUUGAAAGAUUACUCUUCAAUGAUUUAA